AUGUAUGAAUUUAACUAUAGAGAUCAAUAUACAAUUGCAGAACUUGUACCGGAUCAUGUUUUGGAAAAUAUAUUUUCAUAUUUAAGUUUAAGAGAUUUGCGAAAUUGUUCAUUAGUGUGCAAAACUUGGUUUAGAAUUCUUAGCGAUGAAAACAACGAUGUUUGGAGGUUUCACUGUUAUAAAAAAUUAGCAGAAGAAGUGAUGAAGUCUGAUUUACUAACCUCAGUACCAAGUUAUAAAUCUAAGCUAAGAGCGUUUUUUCAUGCUUGGAGUCCCCGUGACUGCUCAAGAAAUAUUUAUAUUAAACCAAAUGGAUUCACUUUACACAGAAAUCCAGUAGCACAAAGUACUGAUGCAUGUAGAGCCAAAUUUGGGUUUUAUCGAGGUCGUCAUGCUUGGGAAGUCAUAUGGGAAGGACCACUUGGAACAGUUGCUGUUGUGGGAAUAUCAACUAGAGAUGCACCCUUACAAUGCCAGGGUUAUGUGGGAUUAUUAGGUUCUGAUGAGCAAAGUUGGGGAUGGAAUUUAGUUGAUAACCACCUGUUGCACAAUGGACAAAUCCAAGGACAUUAUCCACUGCUUAACAACUGCCCUAAAUAUCAAGUGGGAGAACGUAUAAGAGUAAUUUUAGACUGUGAGAAUAGGACUCUAUCGUUUGAAAGAAGUUAUGAAUUUUUAGGUGUUGCAUUUAGAGGUCUUCCAAGGAGAAGAUUGUAUCCAACUGUAUCAGCUGUUUAUGGAAACACGGAAGUGUCCAUGGUGUACUUGGGACCGCCUGUGGAUGGCUGA